AUGCGAAAGUUGGAAUGGGACGACAUGGGAGUGAAGGUGAAUGGUCGGCAGCUACACCAUUUGCGUUUUGCUGAUGACAUCGUACUGGUAACACCUAGCAUCAGCCAAGCGGAACGAAUGCUGACCGAAUUCGACGAAACAUGUGGAUGCAUCGGUCUUCAGCUGAAUCUACAAAAGACGAUGUUCAUGCGGAACGGAUGGGUCUCGGAUGCCCCAUUCACGCUCAACGGAACGAACAUAUCCGAAUGCACCAGCUACGUUUAUCUGGGUCGGGAACUGAACAUGAUGAACGACCCGACCCCCGAGCUGGGCAGGAGGAGACGAGCGGCUUGGGGAGCGUACAAGAGCAUCGAGGAUGUAGUGAAGAAGACCAGGAACACCCGGCUCCGUGCUCACCUCUUCAACACCACCGUACUUCCUGCUUUGACCUAUGCUUCGGAAACCUGGGCAUUUCGCAAGCAGGAAGAAAACGCGGUGAGCGUCAUUGAACGCGCAAUUGAGAGAGUGAUGCUAGGAGUAUCCCGUUUCACGCAAGUGAGGGACGGGAUUCGAAGUUCUCUCCUACGUCAGCGAUCGAAGAUUAGAGACGCCGCCGCGUUUGCCAGGGAAAGUAAAAUAAGGUGGGCCGGACACGUGAUGCGCUUUGAUGACAACCGUUGGACCAGAGCCGUGAGCGACUGGGUUCCCCGCGAUAUUAAGCGCACUACAGGAAGACCGCCGACCCGAUGGUCAGAUUUCUUCACGAAGUCCUUGAAAGAAAAAUAUGAUGCUCUUCGUGUCCCACGCGAAAGGAGGAACCACUGGGCUACUCUGGCACGCGAUCGGGACAAAUGGAAGAAUUACUGGCGCCCGCUCGACCAGUUCGAAGAUCAACGGGAGUCAAGGUGA